CAACAUUGAUAGCAUUCGAGGACCUACAUAGUGAUCUCUGAGCUUACUUCAGAUCCCUGAGUUUCGCGAAUUGAUAGUUGAGUCAGAGGAAGGGCGUGGGCUGUCGUUGCUACGAUACACACUCAAAUCUUGCAUAAACGCCGUGAGCCCUCAAAAACCUGCUUCCAGCUGCCACCGACAAAAACACAUGGCAGGACUGGUGUACUGAAAAGUCAAGACGUCGCAAUAUCCGUAGACCAUAGAUGGAUAACACGAACAGUGACGGAUAUGUCGAAACAAUCGACAUCACUGAAGUCACUCAAGUCUGGCCGUCCGCCAAUCGCGAAAAAGCCUCGCACACUCGCGGCGCGACACACCCGUCGGAUCAUACGCGCACAUCACACCCUGAACAAGCAGUUGACUGCAGCUCAAAUCGCCGGCGAUCAUGACAAAAUCAAAUCGAUUGAGUCCCAAUUGAAUGCUCAAGGUGGUUUGGCGGCGUAUCAAGAGGCCAGCAUUCAAGGUCAAACCAUCACUCGCGGCGGAGACAGCUCCAUCGAGCUCGUCCGAUGGCUAUCGGCCUCAGAUAAGAAGGAAGAACAGGGCAUCAAGCAGAGUCAGCUCUCCGGUCUAUCACUGCUCGAGGUCGGCGCUCUCACUACGCACAAUGCAUGUUCACGAUCGGCCAUUUUCGACCGUGUAAUUCGCAUCGACCUCAACUCUCAAAGCUCAGGUAUCAGCCAGCAAGACUUCAUGAAACGCCCGCUGCCGGAAAGCGAUGCCGACAGAUUUGAUGUGUUAUCGUUGAGUCUCGUGCUAAACUAUGUACCUGAUAGCGCACAGCGCGGCGAGAUGCUCCGGCGGACGACAAAGUUCCUGCUUCAAAACGAAAGCACCAAGAAUGCGAAAAAAUUACCCUGCUUAUUUCUCGUCCUACCACUACCAUGUAUCAUCAACAGCCGGUAUAUGACAGAGAUCCAUCUGCUCGACAUCAUGAGCACCCUCGGCUAUACACUCCUGCAAACCAAGCAAUCUGCUAAGCUCUAUUAUUCGCUUUGGCUUCUCCAAGAACCGUCGACAAAUGUGUCGCGCAAGACGUUUCGCAAGGUCAAACUGAAUGACGGAGUUGGAAGGAACAAUUUCUGUGUAGAGCUCCGUGACACACGUGAAGCGGUCUCAUGA